AUGUCGUCCGCGCUAUAUUUCUUGACUUCGUCUUGCGUUAUUUCCCUCCUCCAGCUGGUCUUGCACGCUGUACCACCUCCGAAUCGUGGUCCUACCCAAAUGUCAAGCGUGAACACCACCAUCACGGUCAACAACAAAACCCUCUCAUCCUCUUCCGGGUUUGUCUCGGUGGAUAUCCUGAGCAUGUCGGAGCUUUCAGAACUCAAGCGCGUGGUACUUCACUUUGUUCUCAUUGGAAUUACCAUCGUGACAGCUAUAGCAAACACUGUCCUGGCCCUGGCAGUAUCACGCAAGAUUCAACGUCCCCAGACUAUCGAUGAAGAAGUACCCGAGCCCGUCAAGAUCUACGCUGCGGGACUGAAUCGUAACAUCUGGGUCCUCGUAGGCUUGCAAAUAUGUCUCAUGUUCAGCUCAUCAGCGUUCCGGUCGAAGCGCUGCAAAGAGAACAGAACGGGUAGAAAAGGGGACGGAGCGGGCCAUGACUUUAUGUGCUUCUUCUUCAUUUUCAUCACCAUGCUCUUCCAGGCCUGGAACUUGUGGAGGUUCUCGCGGAAGUAUGCGCCUCCCAGAGAUGAGGCUAUCGAACUCAACGACUAUCCUUCCCCCGUGGCCCCCGUGGUCCCCGAGGAUGAUCAAGUGUGCAGACAGGAGCAGAGUGUUCCCGCGCCGCCAUACGCCGCCCAUGUCCGUCAACCUGUGUAG